AUGGUUGGGAAGAGGCUAAUUGUCCUGGUUCUCGUUUUGUUCUUAACGUUGGCGGCCGCAAUAUGUGCAGAGAGUAGUUGGGAGUCAAAGAAUAUUAAUGACGGUGAUGUGGAAGUGGGAGCGAGUGUGAAGAAGAAUUUACCAGAAUGGUUUGUUGGUGGUGGUAGCUCUGCUGCUGCUAGUUGGAGUGGGAAUGAGGGUCUAGGCAGUGGUGGUAUUUCGAAGGGCUACAGCCUCGGCCACUCCUUCAAUUUCGGUGGUUCGGGUGGCGGAAUAGGAGGUGGCGUUGGCGAGGGUAAAGGUGAAGGUAUUGGAGGUGGGAUUGGUAAAGGUGGCGGAGUAGGAGGUGGCAUUGGCAAGGGUGGAGGCAUUGGAGGUGGUUCUGGUGGGGGCAUUGGAGGUAGUUCGGGUGGUGAAAUAGGAGGUGGCGUUAGCAAGGGUGGAGGCAUUGGAGGUGGUUCGGGUGACGGAAUUGGAGGUGGUGUUGGCAAGGGUGGUGGAAUAGGAGGUGGGAUUGGUAAAGGUGGUGGUAUUGGAGGUGGUUCGGGUGGCGGAGUAGGAGGUGGGAUUGGUAAGAGUGGAGGCAUUGGAGGUAGUUCGAGUGGCGAAAUAGAUGGUGGCAUUGGCAAGGGUGGGGGCAUUGGAGGUGGUUCUGGUGUGGGCAUUGGAGGUGGUUCGGGUGGCGGAAUUGGAGGUGGCGUUGGCAAGGGUAGUGGAAUAGGAGGUGGGAUUGGUAAAGGUGGUGGCACUGGAGGUGGUUCGGGUAGCGGAGUAGGAGGUGGGAUUGGUAAGACUGGAGGCAUUGGAGGUGGUUCGAGUGGCGAAAUAGGAGGUGGCAUUGGCAAGGGUGGAGGCAUUGGAGGUGGUUCUGGUGGGGGCAUUGGAGGUGGUUCGGGUGGCAAAAUAGGAGGUGGCGUUGGCAAGGGUGGAGGCAUUGGAGCUGGUUCGGGUGGCGGAAUAGGGAGUGGCGUUGGCAAGGGUGGCGGAAUAGGAGGUGGGAUUGGUAAAGGUAGUGGUACUGGAGGUGGUUCGGGUGGCGGAGUAGGAGGUGGGAUUGGUAAGAGUGGAGGCAUUGGAGGUGGUUCGGGUGGCGGAAUAGGAGGUGGCGUUGGCAAGGGUGGAGGCAUUGGAGGUAGCAUUGGCAAGGGUGCAGGUAUUGGAGAUGGGAUUGGUAAAGGUGGUGGAGUUGGCAAAAGUGGGGGUAUAGGAGGUGGCGUUGGCAAAAGUGGAGGUAUUGGAGGUGGGAUUGGUAAAGGUGGUAGCACUGGGGGUGGUUCGGGUGGAGGAAUAGGAGGUGGAACUGGUAAGGGUGGAGGGCUUGGCGGGGCCAUUGGAGGUGGUUCUAGUGGAGGCAUCGGUGGUGGUUCAAGUGGGGGUAUAGGGGGUGGAGGUGGUACCAAUGGAAGAAUAGAAGGUGGCGCUGGAACUGGUAGUGGUGGUUCAGCAGGGGGUAUAGGAGGUGGCGUUGGCAAAGGUGGAGGUAUUGGAGGUGGGAUUGGUAAAGGUGGUAGCACUGGGGGUGGUUCGGGUGGAGGAAUAGGAGGUGGAACUGGUAAGGGUGGAGGGCUUGGCGGGGCCAUUGGAGGUGGUUCUAGUGGAGGCAUCGGUGGUGGUUCAAGUGGGGGUAUAGGGGGUGGAGGUGGUACUGGAGGUGGUACCAAUGGAAGAAUAGGAGGUGGGGCUGGAACUGGUAGUGGUGGUUCAGCAGGGGGCAUAGGAGGUGGCGUUGGCAAAGGUGGAGGUAUUGGAGGUGGGAUUGGUAAAGGUGGUAGCACUGGGGGUGGUUCGGGUGGAGGAAUAGGAGGUGGAACUGGUAAGGGUGGAGGGCUUGGCGGGGCCAUUGGAGGUGGUUCUAGUGGAGGCAUCGGUGGUGGUUCAAGUGGGGGUAUAGGGGAUGGAGGCGCUGGAGGUGGUACCAAUGGAAGAAUAGGAGGUGGGGCUGGAACUGGUAGUGGUGGUUCAGCAGGGGGCAUAGGAGGUGGCGUUGGCAAAGGUGGAGGUAUUGGAGGUGGGAUUGGUAAAGGUGGUAGCACUGGGGGUGGUUCGGGUGGAGGAAUAGGAGGUGGAACUGGUAAGGGUGGAGGGCUUGGCGGGGCCAUUGGAGGUGGUUCGAGUGGGGGUAUAGGGGGUGGAGGUGCAGGAGGUGGUACCAGUGGAGGAAUAGGAGGUGGGGCUGGUGCCGGUAGUGGUGGUUCAGCGGGGGGUAUAGGAGGUGGAGGUGCAGGUGGUGGUACCGGUGGAGUAAUAGGAGGUGGGGCUGGAGCCGGUAGUGGUGGUUCAGCAGGGGGUAUAGGAGGCGGAGGUGGAGGUGCAAGUGGUGGGGUUGGAGCCGGUAGUGGCGGUUCAGCAGGGGUUAUAGGAGGUGGUGCAGGAGUAGGAUUUGGAGAUGGCAUUGGCAAAGGAAUUGGUGUAGGUGGUGGAAGUGGAGGUGGUGUAGGAGGUGGAGGAUUUGGUGGCAGUGGAAGAUUUGGAGGAGGUGCUGGCGGAGAGUUUGGAGGAGUAGGAGGAGGUGGCAGCUUUAGAGGAGGUUCGAGCGUAGGCGUUGGUAGUGGUAGUGGGAUAGGAGGAGGAUUUGGCGGAGGAGGUGGAGCUGGAGGUGGGAUUGGUGGAGAACUCUAGUCUUGGGGGGGCUGAAACAGCUAAAUUAUUUAUCGGGACAAGCACAAUGGGAAAUGUUUUAUGUUCUUCGCAAGUCCGAAUUAAUUUCUUGUUGUAAACUUGUUCCUCGUUUGUUUAUGUUUUGUUUCGCAUCUCUAUUGAUGCUUUAUCUCUUCUGUAAUUCAUUUUCCUCUACUGACAAUUAAUCGC